AUGGUUUAUUAUCGUCGUCGUCGUCUUCUUCUCAAGGUCAUCAUUAUAAGCGACAGCGGGGUUGGUAAAACGAGUUUGAUGAAUCAGUAUCCUUUUAUAUGCGAAAGGAGAAACCUUAAACACUAUAAAGCUACAAUCGGGGCUGAUUUCCUGACCAAAGAGGUCCAGUUUGAGGAUAAUCCCGUUUUCACCUUGCACAUCUGGGAUACUGCUGGUCAAGAGAGAUUUCAAAGCCUUGGCAAGGCUUUCUACCGAGGUGCAGAUUGUUGUGUGCUUGUUUAUGAUGUUAAUGUGAAGCAAUCAUUCGAUAACCUCAGCAAAUGGAGGAAGCAGUUUCUUGAUGAGGCCAGCCUUAAACACCCUGGAAAAUUCCCUUUCAUUGUAUUAGGAAACAAAAUUGAUGUGGCCGGCGGCAACCUCAGAGCUGUAUCUGAGAAGGAUGCAAAAGCAUGGUGUGACUCUAAUGGCAGUAUUCCUUACUUUGAGACUUCUGCAAGAAAUGGAAUGAAUGUGGAUGAUGCUUUCAAAUGCAUAGCCAAAAGUGCUUUCAAAUAUGAUCCUGGUCAGGAAAAAUUAGAACUUCCCGACGCCAUUGAUAUGACAAGUCGAAAACCCUCAUUUUGCCAAUGUUAG